UGAUCGCCGUUCUUGUCGAUCGGAAAAUCAAAAUACCAGCGUGAUAUUGCCGCGAAGAUGAAGCAGUUAUGUUAUUUGAUUCGUACUUCACAUUCGAGUCGAAGCUUGGGUGGCACAGGUUAUUUCUUGCGGUGGAAUCGACGAGGGGAAUUCAGAAAGUUGUAGUGUUUGUAUUGUUGGAAUAAAUGGUCGCAUGGGGAUGGUAAGUUUAACGUACAAUUUCAAAUUUUGCCGCUUGAAUUGAAAGAAAAGUUCAUUUGAAUUGCUUUCUUAUAUAUUUCUGACGGUUUUAGAUUAACCUGCUUGAUUUAUAUCGGUUUCAUGUUAUAUUAUAUUCAUGUUGACAAGUCCCUCAAAAUGGCGGCCAAACUUGGAGGUUGCCGAAAAUUAGGUACGAUCACGGAGUUAUAAAGUUCUCGUAAAGGUCGGGCCGCAAAGUUUUUUUCUGUAGUUAUCUUUUCUAGGGCACCUACUUCCUAGCUAUGUUAGUUGGAUCAGUUAAGAACGCCUCACUUUUUCAAAAAUUUACCUUGAAUUUGAUCGGUUUUGGCGUGUUUGAUUUAGGCGAACCGAGAAGGUGUCAUUCAAGUCUUCCUGUUUCCUUGAUUGACACGUGAUGUUUACGAAAGUCGCCUCGAUAGAUAAAAUAGAGUUAAUAUACAUGGCUGUGGUAUUUGUUUUUUUGCUGAGUUCCGUAGUUUUUUGUAAAUUGUCCUCUAAAGUUGUAUGAAAUUAAAGUCUUGAAAAGUGUCACAACAAGCCUUCGCUCGAGUGAAAUUUAAUUUCCGUAAAACUCUGAAAAAUAAAGAGAUCCGAUCAAACUGAUUGUGGUUUUAGUAUAGGUACAUGAAUGUCUUACAACACACGAGAAACGAGCGAAAUCCGUGUCUCAAGCAAAAUCGACCGGACCGCUCUUACAGAGACACUCUCUUAACUCAGUUCCAGUCUUCUCUAAUAAACACACGGUCACAGACGCCAUAUUUGUGGACAAUAUUUGUUCCGUGAAUAUGAGAGGGAUCCUCGCAGUAAUAAACACUACUUGAGCAGUAGCGAAAAUAAGGCCUGGAAAAAAUUCAGGCCUGUACUGGAUUUGAACCCAUGACCUCUGCGAUACCGGUGCAGCGCUCUUCCAACUGAGCUAACAAGCCAACUGGGAGCUGGUCAUUAUGUUGGUUCCAAACAAACCCGUGAAGUGAUGAAUAAACGGCUGUGAAUAUAUGAAAGUCAUAUAUUUGAACUGCGGAUAAAGACGAGAAUAAUAGAGGGAUCUUCGCAGUAAUAAACGCCUCAUAGCGCGCGCCAGCCCGGCGUGAAUGAGGUCUGCAAGUCCUUGAUGACCACCUAUGGUGAGAGUGUGCAUAUAUAGUCAUAUGCCCAAGACUCAGGAUGAUCCCAAAGAAAAAAUGUUGGAUGUGGAAGAGAUUUUUCAGUUGCCUUGCUGCUAGGCAGUAAUAGACAGUUGUCUUUAAAAUUCAUCCCCAUACAAAAUGAAUUUUUAUCUUUCGCUUCUACAAUAAUCAAUAUAUCGUUGGCUUGGGUAAUUUCCAUAUUUCAUAUUGAUUACUAUAUCAUUAAUCAAAUGUCAAUUAAGUCCCUAGAAUUUUUGUUGCAGUAGCAGCUCCAUCAGCUGACAAAUUUUACGGGCUCCCUGCAAUAAAUUUACCAAUAACCAUAACCAUUACGAUUUGUUCAAACGUGAUUGGUGCAUUGGCUGCUUUGGUUCUCACCUAUUAUUCUGUAGAGUUGUAAUCGGACAGAGGAAUCGGACAGUUAAAGCAGCCAAUCAUAAUUGGUCCAUGCCAUUAGCUAAAACCGCAAAUCGCAGAAUUGAUUACAAUAACCAUAGAAACGAACCAAGUACCCUCCUAAACUAAGAUAUUUCCAAAAUAAGAGGAGGUUUUUAUUUGAGACAAUGUCUCUACCGGAAGUUUUAACUGUAUUGAUUAUGAUUAAUUAGUAACAGGACUUCCUAACGUAUCCACUGUAUGGAUUGUGUUCAUUUCCAAUAAAAGGUAUGCUAAUAAGGCUGGCAUUAAGUCUGUAGCUAAGCAAAAGCUGAAACAGUUUACGCUCGUGCUCUAAGGAUUUUUCGCUUCUUCUGUCGAGAGAGAAAUUGUCUCUUUGAUAGGGUUGUUUGGAACAAUCUCAAGGUUCAACGUUUCUAUUGUUGCUGAAUCUAUUCAGUAUCUUUUUUGAUUACUGCUUUCUUCGUUUUUAAUAUAAUAAAGAGCCUUUCUUUUUCGCCUUGCCAACUACUUUUAAACAGGGUGGUGAGCCACUUGCCAAAUCUUUCAUCUGCUUGAAAUCUCUUAAUUUCAGUUGCAGUUUUAUGCGUCGAGGCUGCCUGCCUUAUCUUGAUUCGCAGAUAAAUCAAAGUGUAGUCCUUCGCGGGUGCAAAAAAAAAUUAACACGCUAUUUGAAGCAUAACCACCACAAACUAAAUAUCAAUAGAAAUGCACUAUUUGACCGCAGCUAUUUCGUUUUAGCUUGAUCUCAUCGUAAACCGAAUAGGGCGCGACAACUCGAAAUGGACUAUGUUUCUUUGAGCGAAUUAAUCCCAUAUUAAAUUUGACCGCACAAAUAAACAUUCUACUCAAAAGCAGACAAAGAAUAAAGAUCUCCACGUGCAACAGAAAUCAGAUGUUUUCGCGAUUGAAAUCCAAGGACCAGGAUGUUUUUCCGCAAGAAAGCGUCCGGGAGUCAUUUCUGUUGACAUGUUAAAAUUGGAUAUUCACUGUUUGGCGAGCCAAAGAAUUCAGUUCGAAAAUACAUUUUUGUAAAUAAGUCACACGCUUUUCCAUAUUUUAACAAAAAUUUUCUUGGUAACUAUAGUAAAAAUAAUAAUGUUUAGUUUGACAUGAAAUAAAAAGUAAAAAAAAAAACGUCUAUCCUAAGCAGACUCCCACUCCAAACUUAUUUAAAAUUUCUCCAUGCAGCUGUUUAUUUUUUCUGAUGCUUGGUAUUUAAUUUGUGACAAUAGGUUUUAAUUUUAAAUAUGUGCUGUUACUCACAAUGAUAUAAAUAACAUCAUCAAGUGUUCAUGGAGACCAUUUGGCUUUCGAAACUGGCUUCCUUUUCCUCUUUGUUUACGUCGUAUAAAGUUGGAAAGAUGCGUCCAAUUCCGCACAACCCCUUACCCUCUUCAUCCAUCUGACUCAGCCAUUCAUUAACAUAAAUUAUUUUACUGCCAUCCACCACAAUGUAAUCAGUAUUUUUUUUUUCACAAAUUUAGUCUACUGUGCACACAAACCAUGUACCUAGAGACAAACGAGAUUGUGGGAAUUAAUUUCAAAACUAAUGUAUGCAUAGUGUGUGCAUUUGGUUCGGCACGUGAAAGGUACACGUAUGAAUCGAAGUUGAUCUUUUAUCGUUCUAGUCGACAGGGUCAGUUGAAAAUUAGGUUCGGUUCAUUUACGGUUGAACGUUUGAACUGGGCAUAUCUUUCUAAUGCUUUGUUUUUAUUUUCUUAACGCCAAGGGGGUAUUAGUUGUGAAUGCCAAUCACCAAGUAAGAUAUGAAUAAAUUUGAAUUGCCAACUUUUCUGGUUAUUUGUUGUUGCAGAAAUAUCAAAAACCUUCUAAAUCAGCUUUCCACUUGAAAAGCAACUUCUGACAAAUUGGACCCUUUUGAAAUUAUCCAAAGCUAAUGCUGUGUUUUAUGCAGAAAAUUACAGAAUUUUAACAUCAAAAGCAGUAUUUAAACGUUGCCACAAUUUGAGCACGUUUAGCUAAGGGAUGAAAAUUGCGAAUGAAAAAUACACACCGGCAGAAGCACAAGAAACAAAGUAGCAGUUGUUGAUUUCUAAAUUGUGUUUUUCUUUAGAACCGACUAAAAUAUGACUACAAAAAUAAAGAACAGGUGAAGAAAGAGUACUGCACGUUCGAGGUGUCGCUGACGUAUAUCCGCCGGUCGAUUCCUUUGAUAAAGAAAGGGCAUUUUUAUAACUUUUCCUCUCACAGGAAGGAUGUGCUUCCGAAUUUGAGUUUUCAAAAAGGUGAAAUAUCUGGAUUCUUUUUUAAGUUGAUGUAAACGAUUCCGCGUGGCAGUAAACAUUUUUAAAAUAUUUACACAUUUAACACAUAUUCACUAGUAAUCUCAAAGUAUUAGGUGAGAAGUGUCAACAAAAUAGGCCUGCCUUUCUUGGAUUUACGUAAAUUUUCAUUGUGUGCCAUUGCUUUAUUUUUAGUUUAACGCAAGCAAUGGCUUAUCCAUGGUUUUUCUGUAAACUGAAAGAACAAAAAGCCCUAUGUCCUUGUCAAACCAAUUAAAGAAAAGCGACCUUACGCAAACAUAAUUUAAAAUGUACCUGUGGUUGCGCGCCCCUCAGCGAGGAAACAAGAGUAUGCAUAUUGUUUAAAUGCUUUUUUUUAACUUUAUAGGAAAAGAGCAAUACGUGGGAAAACAGCGGAAGCUAAGGUUUAUUUAAACUUUGAAAAGCAUUUUUUUUUUUUUGCUGCUAAUCGUGAUUGAUCGUUAAUUUGUUUCUAGAAUGUGAUUUCCCAUCCCUUACAAGUUUAAACACAAUUUCAAUUUAAUCUGAAAUUUUUGGACAUGGGCGGAUACCAAUAUUGACUUUGGUUGGUAAACAUUCAGAAAACCAAACAGAACGUUUCUUUUAUAGUCGCCCGCGUGCUAAUGGCCUGCCACACGUCUUUCAAUCUUUACGAGCACAGUCGAUCGGCGUUCUUGAACCCGAAUAUAAAAUCGUAGCUUAAAGCAAUUGGCCAGUCAAGAUGAGCAAUAACGCCACAGCUAACGGAACUGCGACAUCUAUUAAUUGCUCAGAAUAUCCCACAGCGGAAAGGGUGGCUAAAACCUUGGCAUACUGUGUUAUAAUCGUUGUAUCUCUCACUGGAAAUAUUCUUAUCGGAUCAAUCGUGUUCAAAGUAAAAUCCAUGAGAAGAACCAUCAACUACCUCAUCGUUAACAUGGCUAUGUCCGACCUUAUUCUUCCAAUAUUUGCUGUCCCGAGGAUUCUCACACGAUUGUACCUCGGCUACUGGCUCAUAGAUGGACAUUUUGGUUCGGCGCUUUGUAAACUGGUGUACUUCUUACAAGACGUCUCCAACGCUGUAUCUAUACAGUCAUUGGUCUUGAUAGCAGUGGAUCGAUUUGGGGCCGUAGUGUUUCCUCUCCGUCGACCAGUUGUCAGCGCCAAGCUUUGCCCGUAUUUUAUAUUAUCGACGUGGAUUGUUGCCAUGGCUCUUCAUUCCCCAUACUUCUUUGCUCGCAAACUUGACUACUCGGAAGAACUACUAAGAUGUGCUCUGCAGUGGGAGGAAGCCUUCGGAGAAUCAUCCUCUGAAGCGAGCUACUAUGUAGCAAUGUUUCUAUUAUUGGCGGUGAUUCCUUUCGCGUUGAUGUCAAUACUUUAUUCCAUCAUCAUCCUGAAUCUCAGGGCUCAAAAGAUACCAGGAGGGGAAUCAGUGAGGGCAGAAGAACUUGAAAAACGAAUGAAGAGGGACAGAAGCGUGCUUCAGAUGGUCCUAGCCAUCGUUAUGGGAUUUGCAUUGUGCUGGGCUCCGUUCAACAUUUUUGCGUUUUUGAACUUUUUUGUAUGG